CGUUACAACGAGUGCUUAGUUUAGUUUUCCUCGAUUUGGGGGCCCUGCGGAAUUGGCAGUUCACUUUCGUUGGUGGCUCGAGUGCGACGUGACGUGCGUCAGUGAAAAGCGCUUUUCCAGGCACAGUGCGUCACUACUUGCCUGCAAGUCAGCCACAGCAAUUUCUCGCUAAAUCAAACGCGUUUCGUCAACCGCCGUCCGCUUAGGCAGUAAAAAGUAAACAAACAAUACAAAUCUACAAUCUCACGCGAAAAACAAUAAAGCGAUCGUUCGGGAAAUUAGUGCAACAAGACAAAGGCAGCCCAUUCCGCAUCCAGAUUCAGAUUCAGAUCCAAAUCCAGAUCCGCAAACGAUGGCGUUCAUUUCGAAAGAUUUUCGAUCUCCGGGCGAAACUUGGAUCAAAACCGACGGCGGCUGGGAGCGUUCCAAGGUGCUCGAGUGCGGCGGCAAGCGGAAGCGGCACCACUCGGAGGGCAGCAGCAGCUACCAGGACAGCGACAGUUCGGAGGAGGAGGCGGUGAUGCCGCCGCAUUACCACAUCACCAUCCGGUGUACCAGAGAGAUAGCCGGAUUUAAUGGGCUCAGCGAGGCUGUGAAGCGUCUGGACUUCAGGCGAUCGGUGCGGGAUCGCAAGAGGUUCCACUACAUAUGCGCCUUCCUGCUGCUCGUGUCCAACAAGGGCAUUGCCAGUCUGCCAGGCAGUGCUCAGCGCCAGCUGCUCCAAAUGGUCGAGGAGGUGGCCUCCCAUGUGAAUGACAGCCAGCAGCAUCCGAAUGUGCUGCGCGGCCUGGCCCUGAAGCUGGAGCACAUCGUCAGCCAGGAGAACCAGAAGUGCUGGGGCAAGCCACUGGGUAGCACGUACCUGUGGAAAGAGCACAUGGCCACCAUUAAGCGCAUCCAGCGCGUCGCCAGCCAGAUCGAAAUCCGCGAGCCCGAUCCGGAGGCCAAGCCAAAACUGCACGAACUGCCGGAGGAGUGUGUGCGGGAGAUCAUCCUGUGCAUAGCAGACCAUCGGGACCUGGAGUCGGCCGCCGAGGCCUGGGAGACCAUGGCCAAGCUGGUCUCCGAGCAGCGCAUCUGGCGCGAACUGACGCGCUUCCACUUCAACCAGCGCCAGAUACACACCAUCCUGGACCUGGACAAGUUCAAGCAGAUGGGCGAGAUCAAGGACUGGAAGCAGAUCUAUCACCAACUGCGUCGCACCUAUGGCGUCAACGAUGAUUACCAGUUCGCCGAGGUGCUGGCCCUGUGCCGCUCCUGCUGCUGCCUCUUCUGGCCCUCGGAUGGACACCCGUGCAUCGUGGACCAGAGUCCGGACUACAAGCAGCGGCUUGAGGAGGCCGGUGGCCAGUUGGCACUGGCCCAACCAGUUCCGCCCGCCCAGUUUCUCAAGUACUUCUCGUUGUAAGCCGGAUGAUCGGACCAAGGGAGAGAGAUAGAGAUAGAUCGAAAGUAUUUUUACGGCCCAGUGGAUAGGUUGUUUAUGCGUGUGUUAAAGUUUUACCCUUGGAGAGGAGACGAGAGGAGACGAAAGGAGUCAACAGUCGAGGAGCGGAUCAGAAAAAGCAAAGUGAUAACGAAAUCCCUAAUCUAUAACUACACAUGUACGUUUAUGCGUAAAUCGCCAGGCUCGUUUCGAUUGGUUUGCAGUUUGUCCAGGUAAAGGUUCAGAUUCUAGUUUAGCGUGGUUUCAGUUCAGUUAUUUGCCAACCUGUUGUAUUGCCACAUCUGCCGGAGAGCCACAACCUGUGCAGGACCGAAGAUUACUAUUAGUUGUGUAGACAUAUUUAUCGACUGGCGUGUCAGUUGCCAGGGUCCAAUUCUGGGUCGCUAAUCUUUGAGAGGUCGGGGAGUGGUUAUAGACUUAUUUAGGACACGCAAAACGAACUGCCACAAAACGAGAAUAAGCGAUUAUUUUUUUGUCAAACUGAUUAUUGCAAAACGUGUAUGGAGAAACUAUUUUUAAAGUACCAGUAUGUAUAAUUACCGAUUUGUUCAUUUUAAGACAAACGAUAAAUACACUUUUAUGCAUGA